CGCGCCAUACGGCGAACCUGGGUCCGAACGCUAGAGUUCGACAUAAUCAUCCCCUGCAAGCUACUGGACUGGUCCACACGCCAAGACCAGAAUUAUAGCACGAGCAACCAAGUAAGGCAGGGAAAUGAUUUCGCUUUCCAGACCGCUAUAUUUGACCUUUUCCAAACGCUUCAUUCGUGGAACCAGCGUUGCCGUCUCAGCUUGCAUCUAGGGCUUCGAGUAUCUCGAGACAACAGGUGGCCUAUAAUGGAACCAGAGGCUUUACACUUCCCUACCGCUAGUGCAUAUGAUUCCGUCGAUUACGCCGGUAGACGCCUUGUUGAGCCAUAUCGGGCGCGUUUUGUCAAAAAUAUGCCAGAUCGAUAUCUGAUGCACGUUCGGUGUAUUGAUAAGCUCUUUUUCUUAAACAGAAAGUGGGACAAACCCCCCGGGUACUAUCAUCAUCAGAUCUGGGCUGGGGCAGUGCAGACUAUCAUCGAACACCGUCCAACCAUCACUGAACUGGAGCUGGAUCUCAAUGAAUGGGUCCGUCCGGAUUACUUACAGUAUAUACAAGGACGUCGAGCAUCAUUGUCUUCCUUGUUCGGCAAUAUUCCUAGCAGCCUAAGAGUGGUGCAUUAUAAAGGCUCGGAGGACGGCGCGUGGAAACAUAGUAUGCCUGCGCUAAAUGUCAUACCCUCUGGCAUUGACAGCAUGAGUACCAAUUUGCGAGAUGUUAGCACUCACCUUCGGGAGUUGAAGCUGCACAGGACCACACUUUCAUUUGACUUUCUGUGUCCUCUGGAUGGAGAAGGCGAGCCUAUUAUAGGGUCCUUGCACUGGCCCCAUUUGAAGACAUUGGAAAUUGAGGAUGUGCCCCCCUGGCUGCCUUCUGGAAAAUGGGUUUCCAAUCACACCGCACAAUACCGAGCCACAAUCGAAAAUAAUAGCUGGAAUGACCGGAUGUACGAUGUCCAACGGAGACCGGGCGGACCAUCAGUGAUGGAUGCAGCACAAUUCCACCGGCUUCUCAUAUCCCUGGGCUAUGCAACCCAACGUAUGCCCUGUUUGAAGUCUUUGCGCUUUAGUAUGGAGUGCUAUUGCCAGUUUGGUCUUCGCCUUCAGAACGACGCCGAUGCAGGUAUGUUGGCAUUGCUAUCUCGUGUCGGAAAACAACCAGAUAGUCUUCCUCGCCCUCCGAACAAGAACGCCAAGCCGAGUACCUUGAUAUGGCUAUGUCGUGUUAGAUAUCGACCAGAUAGUCGGGUUGCAAAGGCAUGGCGAUUUGACCUGGAUGAUGUGAGUAUUGACUCUUCUUUGGGUCUAAGUCUUGUGAUACUUCCAAGGUGGCCACCCGACAACCCUAUCUAG